AUGGCGUCCCUUUGCACUCUGGACCACUUGCCACUUUUCUCUGGUUCUGGACGAAUCCUUGCCCCGAGGCCGGGCUCUCCUGGCAAGGAAGGGCCCUUUGGCCCCGAAACCUGGACGUGCCGGGCCGAGCCGGCCGACGGGAACUCCCCCUGGGCCCCAGGGUCUGGCCUCAUGGCCCAAGACCGAGAUCUCUGGGAAGGGCCCCCGCCGUGCCUGUCUCUUGGAGGAGACGUGCCAGGCUUUGUCAAAAGCCCCGUGAACGCAGGCCGGGUUGAUGCAUUACGCUGGCAGACGACGGUCCCGAGCCGUCUCGUUUCCCCUUUCCACGUGGCUGGGCUUGCUCACCGGCGGCUCCCCAUUGGCUGGGCCGAGGCCGGGCCAGCCCGACUGAGCAAGACCAGGGUGGCAUUGGGGGCAUCUGAGCCUCCGCCGCUGGCCGGGAGGAAGGGGAAAGCGGCAACUGAACAAGGCACAGGUAUCCGACCACCGGGGACCCACCGGACAGUUCUGCAGACCCGCUUCAUUGAGGAGCCCGAGGACCAGACGGUGGUGGCCGGCAAGAGGACCGUCCUGUCGUGUGUGGUGCUGAAUUAUUCGGGGAUCGUGCAGUGGACCAAGGAUGGCCUGGCCCUCGGCAUGGGGCAGGGCCUCAAAGCCUGGCCCCGCUAUCGGAUCGUCGGAGCUGUCGAUUCCGGACAGUACAACCUGGAGAUCACGGAUGCCGAGCUCUCCGACGACGCCGUGUAUGAGUGCCAGGCCACGGAGGCCGCCCUGCGCUCCCGGCGGGCCAAGCUGACGGUCCUGAUCCCGCCGGAGGACCCCGUCAUUGAUGGAGCCCCCGAGAUCCUGCUGCGGGCGGGGACGCCCCACAACCUGACCUGCCGAGCCCGCAACGCCAAGCCGGCUGCCACCAUCACCUGGUACCGGGGUGGAUUGCCGCAGACGGAGGCCACCAUGGCCACGGAGGUCUUGCCCGACGGGAAGCGGGAGACCACCGUAAGCUACCUGCUGAUCAACCCGACGGACCAGGACAUUGGGCGGGUGUACGUCUGCCGGUGUGCCAACGACGCCGUCCCGGAGGGCAAGGAGGCCUCCGUCCAGCUCAACGUCCACCGCCGCGUGGUCCCUCCCUCGUUUCCCCCUUUGGUCUCGUUUCCUUCUCUGCUUCUCCUCCCCCCACCCCCCAGGUGGGCCAAGGGGGGUGCGAUCCUCGAAGACGCCAAGGAGAGCAAGUAUGAGACCCAGGUGGAUUACACCUUCUUCACCGAGCCCGUCUCCUGCGAGGUCCACAAUGACGUGGGGAGCACCAACGUCAGCACCCUGGUGGACGUCCACUUUGCCCCCCGGAUCGUGGUGGACCCCAAGCCCACCACCACCGACAUCGGCUCGGAUGUGACGCUGACCUGCGUGUGGGCGGGCAACCCUCCCCUCACCCUCACCUGGACCAAGAAGGAGUCCAACAUGGUGCUCAGCAACAGCAACCAGCUGUACCUCAAGUCAGUGACGCAGGCGGACGCCGGGCAGUACGUCUGCAAGGCCAUCGUGCCACGGAUCGGGGUGGGCGAGCGGGAAGUCGCCCUCUUGGUCAACGGUCCCCCCAUCAUUUCCAGCGACUCCGUUCAAUACGCCGUGCGGGGCGACCGGGGGAAAGUGGAGUGUUUCAUUGGGAGCACCCCCCUCCCGGACCGCAUUGCUUGGGGCUGGCAGGAGAAGACCCUCGAGGCGGGCACCCUGGAGCGCUACACGGUGGAGCGCAGCAACACGGGCAACGGCGUCCUCUCCACCUUGUCCAUCAACAACGUGAUGGAGGUCGACUUUGAGACCCACUACAACUGCACCGCCUGGAACAGUUUCGGCUCCCGGACGGCCAUCAUCCAGCUGGAGGAGAAAGAGGUUCUGCCUGUCGGGAUCAUUGCGGGAGCCACGAUCGGGCCGGGGAUCCUGGUCAUCUUCUGCUUCGUGGCGCUGGCCUGCUUCCUCUACCGCCGGCGCAAAGGAAGCCGGAAAGACGUGACUCUGCGCAAGCUGGACAUCAAGGUGGAGACGGUCAACCGGGAGCCCCUGACGCUGCACUCGGACCGGGAAGAGGACACGGCCAGCGUCUCCACCGCCACCCGCGUGAUGAAGGCCAUCUACUCGUCCUUCAAGGAUGACGUGGACCUGAAGCAGGACCUUCGCUGUGACACGCUCGACACCCGGGAGGAGUACGAGUUGAAGGAUCCGACCAACGGGUACUACAACGUCCGGGCCCACGAGGACCGCCCCUCCUCGCGCACGGUGCUGUACGGCGACUACCGCAACCCCGCCCCGGCCGAGAACUACGGGGGCCACGCGGGGUUUCCGCCCAGCGCCGGCUACGCCACCUACCGCCUGGGCUACACCCAGCCGCCCCCGACCGCCCUGGACCGGACCCCCUUCGACAGCUACGACCCGCUGGGCAAAUACAGCACCGCCACCCGCUUCUCCUACACCUCCUCGGACUACGGGCAGCGCUUCCAGCAGCGGAUGCAGACGCACGUCUGAACGCAGCGGGCUGGGGGCCGGGAGGGGGUGGGGGUGGUCUGCAGGUACCUCAUGACUGUCCCCUGAUAUUCAGGGGCCUUUUCUCUUCCCCCCCCACCUCCUGCACCCCUUUGCCCAGCCGGCCGGACUUGCUGACGGUGCUGAGCACCCUUCUCGGGGGGCCGACGACGACGCGCUCCCGGCCGGGCCCCUCGGGGUCCUUUCUGUGGAUUCUUCUCCAUCGGCCGUCUCUCUCUUUCUCUCUCUCCUCCAUCUUUUUCUCCAUCUUCCUACACCCGUUCGUAGCGGAGGUCCCUCUUCCGCCUGGCUGGGGGGCAGCCCUUCGUUUACGGUGUCCGGAGCAGGGGCCGGAGGGGACUGAAUCCCCCUCCCUCUGUCUGGUGGGAAUCCCAGCCUCGUUCUGCCUCCGGGGAAACUUCUCUUCCUGCUAGGUGGGCGGGUGACAGGAUUUUAGCCGUCCAGGGACCAAACAAGAUGGGGGGGGCAAGGCGGGGGAGAGAGAGGGAGAAUGGGAUUGACUUGAUUUCAUGUGGACUAGGGACUUGAAGAGGCUGCUAAUUCGUUUGCAAGGCCCCCCCUGCGGUGUGCUUUGGCCAGCUGCCCCCAAGCCAAGCCUCUAAAGUUUCCUCCCUCAAGGCAAGCUCUGCCUCUUGGGAAUUAGGUACGCAGGGGGGGGGCGGUGAUGGGGGGGCUUCCCUUUUCCUUCUGCUUUCUGUGCCUUAAAACUCUGGGCUGGGCGACCCGGCCGCUGCCGUCGGAGCAGAGCGGCCCCUCCAGGAAAGGUGGCCUCCGAGGACCACCAAAGCCCAGAAUCCCCCAGCCUGUCUGGCUGGCUAGCUGCAGGAUUC